GCCCGCCUUAGUCCAUCGGCGAUGAUGGAGGAUGUACACACCCUGCAGUAGCGGAAGUAACAUUAUACAGUGUUUGUUGUGUUGAGAUUCUUAUAUGUGGUCUUGAAUGAGAACAGGCAGACAUAGGACUGUGGCAUCACCUCGCGUGGAAUUCUUGGUAGUUGGGCAGGUGCGAGGCGAGGAAGGAAGCAAGUUCUGGGAGUGACUUCUCGGCUUGCAGUUAAUUAAGAGAGGUGAGUGAGUAAGUGGGGAAGGCGACGCUAGCAGUGCACGGAGGCUCCCGGUCACCGCCGCCUUCCUGCUGAGUGGCUUGGAGCAGAGACGGCAUCAGGGCAGGUGCUACUAAUGACACAGGCUCUUUAUUGGUUCGAGUGAUGACGUAAGAAGCUCCCACGAGUCCCCUCCCAUUGGAGCGUAGCGGUGUGACAUCAGACCCGAGCGUGGCAUUGGUUCCCUGAAGUAUGACGACAGACCUCCGCCUUUGAAAGCUGGCUAACCCUUCCCUUACUGGCUGGGGAUCAGUGACGUCACUUGGGUUGGAAGUCGCGGGGAUUUAAGUCUGUAUUCAUUGAUAGCGCGGCAGCCGUAGCAUCAGCACCAGUGUCGGCGCAGAGCUUUUGGAGGUGCCAUACACAAGCUUGCUGCCCCGUAACAUAAGGCUGCGUAUCUCCAGCAAACCUCACUCAACCGUGUGAAAAAGAUUACUUUGUGGUUAAGCGGUGAAGUGUGGUGUUACUUCCUUGCGUAUGAUACAGAAGGAAGAAGAGAGAACCAAUGAUAAAUAAAACCUGAAAAACCGGCACCGUCUGUUGUAAACGUGCCCUUGUGUGUGUGUCUGUGGAGUUAUUAAAACUUUGGGAUAAGAUCGAGCCGCUCGUGGCGAUUAAAGUAACAGCAGUGAAGGCGCAAAGAGUGGAGCUAUCAGAGGAGUGUAGGAUGUGCCAAGGAACCUACGAUUGCGGCGGAGAGUGCAACAGCAGCCCCAACAACACCACCACCGCCACUACCAACAACAAUACCAUCUAUAACAGCAUCAACAGUGACAAGCCGGACAGCACACACUCCGGCACCAUCCAGUCCUCGAGGAACAGCAUGACUAUGGGCGGUGUGCGGGGCGGCUCCACUCUCAACGAGGUGGGAGUGCCGAGACACGUGCCACACUACGCUUCCACGCCACACCUCUUCGUCUACCAGGCAGCUGAAGACGAAGACGAGGUGGACAACGACACCAAAGAGAUCAAGGAACCCAUAUAUUCUUCUGCCAUCGACAUCCGCAAGGUGGCGGCCAACAAAGAGGUGAAGGUGGAGGCGGUGCGGCGCAUCAAUGAGAAGUAUGACUCUCUGCGGGCGCUGACCGACCGCCGAGAUGAGCCUGAGGAUCCAUUGGCUGUGACGGACGAGGACGUGUCGCGCAUCGAGACCUUCUUUCGAGGCCACAAGACGCAGCUAUGGGUGUGCCGCACCAUGGCCAACUUGUAUAGUGAGGGCGGCGUGGGUGCCACACAUGGUACCUGGGAACUCAAAUACACGGGAGUGCCCAUUUUGUUGCUUGAUCUGGGCGACACACGCUCCAGGGACAAGCGGCAGCUGCAGCUCGUUCUGGCUGAAAAGGGGACAGGCUUUGCUCUGUGGCGGGACGUGGUGGAUAACCUGACAUCCUACCGCGCUCAGGAGCCACAGUUCCACACACUGUACCUGUCCUCCGAUCACCGCCGCCGCAUGGGCUUCUCCUUCAACGAAGGUCGUGCUGCCUGCGAGUUCCUGAGUCACAUUGAGCGACUCACUGCCGACCCCGCCAACAUCUCGCUCUCUGGCCCCAGCAAGAAGAAGAACAAAAUCAAAGAAAAGAUACCAAAGUAUAAAGCACCGAAAAAGACUGACAUCUCUACUCCUUGCAACUUCCAACAUGUGACCACUGUUGAUGCUUGCGACAAGACGCGAUUCUUCUCCUUGCAAGCGUUCUCUAAGGCAAAGAACGCGCCGCCCAUCCAGCCUCAUACGGUGCUGGAGCGUCCCACCAUCAUUGCUUCAGACACCAAGAAAUAGCAGUGACCCAUCGUCCGUGCUGCCACUCUCAAUGAGUCAUUUGAAAAAAUAACUGAACUCUGAGUGUUAAUAGUAGUGAGGACGCGUCGAUCGGUGCGCCAUCGACUCCUAGUGCCAAUGUGUAGCUCAUUCCGUGACCUGUGCUAAUUAAAGGCAACUAAUGAACUAUAGCUGUUCAGUGAAAGUGGUGAAAUGUCUGUGGGUAAACGCAGAUGCGUUCUAGACAUUAUUCCUCUGCAGUCAUGAAAACUUAAGUGUCACUUACAGGGUUCUGACAGUACAGCUCAUCAGCAGACAGGAGUGAAGGAUCGCAUUCUCCCACACAUAUGUCAGAACAUUUCAUUCAGCAUAGAAUUGAAAUCAAUUGAAGUUUAUCUACAAGUCCACUCGUCAACAUGUCGAAUUAAGACAUUCAAGAAUACUCUGAGUUGUGGACUGGUGGACUGCACACGACCGCUGGAGGUGGAACGAGGGUCGCAGUGGUGUUGUGAUUAAGACAGACACGUAACACUCCUAUGUGCCACCACUAGCUGUAGUUGUUUGUGUAGAUGUAAUGAUAGCCGUUACA